AUGCGAGUCUCUGAUUUGAAAAUCUUCGAUGAGGACCCAAAAGAACCACUCAAAAAUUUCAUCGAUGGGGAAUUUGUUUCAGCUAGAGAAACAAUGGAUUCAAUCGACCCAUCGACAGGAAAAGUUUGGGUGAAAAUCCCGCGAUCAAAAGAUGAAGACGUGAAUUUGGCUGUAAAAGCUGCAAAGGCUGCUUUUCCAAGCUGGUCUUCCUCAACAGUUCAAUAUCGCUCUUCAUUGUUGAUGAAAGUUGCAGAAAUUGUGGAAAAAAAUCUCGAGAAAAUAGCGAUCUUAGAGUCAAGAGAUCAAGGGAAACCGAUUAAUUUGGCAAAACGAAUUGAUCUCCCGCGUUGUGUGCACAAUUUUCGUUUCUUCGCCACAGCGAUUCUUCAUCACACAGCACCCUCCUCUCAUCAAGAUGUCCCAAUCCGAGCACUCAACUAUGUCAAACACGAUCCGAUUGGAGUAGCUGGCCUGAUUAGUCCAUGGAAUUUACCUCUGUAUUUGUUAUCUUUCAAAUUGGCUCCUGCAUUGGCCACUGGGAAUACAGUGGUUUUCAAGCCGAGUGAGCUGACGAGUGUCACCGCUUGGGUGUUGAUGCACGCUUUUGAUGAAGCUGGAUUUCCACCGGGAGUCGUGAAUAUGGUGAUUGGAACAGGUGCCGAGGCUGGAGAACCUCUCGUCAUUCACCCCGACGUACCGCUUGUUUCGUUUACUGGAAGUACAAUAGUUGGGAAAAGAAUAGGAGCCCUUUGCGCGGCACAGAAUAAAAAGGUGAGUCUCGAGAUGGGUGGGAAAAACGCUUGCAUCGUUUACCCAAGUACCGAUUUAGAGAAAGCUGUUCCAAUGAUUACAACCUCCUCGUUCAUAAAUCAAGGAGAGAUUUGUCUGUGCUCGAGUCGAGUGUACGUUCAUGAGACAAUUUUCGACAACUUUUUAGAGAAAUAUGUAGCCAAUGCAAAGAAGUUUACUGUCGGAGAUCCACGAGGCGAUUUCACAUUGGGCGCAAUCAAUUCAGAGCUUCAUUAUAACAAAGUAAUGAGCUAUAUUGAUUUGGCUGUGAAAGAAGGUGGAACGAUUCAUUGUGGAGGGAAAGUGAAUGUUGAUGGUGAUUGUCAUGAUGGUUAUUUCAUCGCGCCGACGAUCAUCACCGGUUUAGAUGAGAAGAGUAAAUGUGUUCAAGAUGAGAUUUUUGGGCCUGUCGUUUGUGUGAUGUCGUUUAAAACAAAAGAGGAAGUGAUUGAUCGAGCAAACGCCACUCCGUACGGUCUCUCGGCUUGUGUCUUCUCAGCGCUCAGCGAUGAACUCCACAACACGGCUAGUCAGCUGAGAGUAGGCACUGUUUGGUGCAAUACCUGGCUUACCCGUGACCUAAACAUGCCUUUUGGUGGCACAAAGCAAUCGGGAAUGGGCCGCGAAGGAGCGACUGAUUCUUUUCAUUUCUUUACGGAACAAAAAACGAUUUGUAUCGCGCUUCAA